UCGUUUAUUGUUUAAAUGUCGUUGUCGUAAAUGUUUGGAUUAAGGUAUUGGAUUUUUCUGAACAUUCUAAAGAAAGGUUCCGAUGCCCUUUCAUCUCCGACAUAUAUUCAUUUCCGUACUGUUUCCAUUUAUACAAAUUUUAUAUAUGCAUUUCUUUAAUAAUCGGAUUUACGAAAUGGAAAUUGAAUUUUGAUUACAUUCAUAUUUCAUUCACACUUUUAUUAUUUUCGUAUAUAAUAAAUAUACUCAUGUAUGAAUCAGUAAAGAAUGAAACAGACAUUUUUGCUGUAAUUACAUAAUGUUUCUAUAUUAUACCAACUUAAUAAAUUAAUUCUAUGCACGGUAAAAUAUCACUUUUCAUUUUAAAUAUAUUUGGAAAUGUCCCUGACAUCCUCCAUCGUUGAACGUGAUAAUCACGUGCUCACGUUAAUCGAAGCUGAUUAAAUUUUCAAGGAAGACCUAGCUUAACGAAAGCUACGAAGAAAGGCAUAAGUAUAAAUGCAUAAAAUCCAUUGCAUUUUCAUUACGUUAAACAUUUUUCAAAUCAAUAUUUCGAAUCGCAUGAAACAUUUACAUUUUAUCGAAGUGAACAAAUAUUCGAACAAAGUUGCAAAGAUUCCAAUUCAAUUGUUGCAAAACAAUUUAACUUCGACUAUUGUCUUUAACAAUAUUAAUGAAUGAAUGAUUCUUUUGGACCACUUAUCAAUAGAUAUUUCUAUCAAAGAUGGUGACACCAAAUUUAACCCUCUUACUACGCAGGAGUUUCAUCGCAAUCAACUAUCGCUAUUUGUCGAACAAGAUGCCAGGACAAUUCAAAGAAAUCCAAGCAAAACGUGCAACAUUCGGAAUGGGAUGCUUUUGGGCUGGCGAUUGUCUUUUUGGCGUUUUACCCGGUGUAAUUAGGACUUGCGUUGGCUAUGCCGGAGGACAAAAGGAAUCACCAAUUUAUAGAAAUAUUGGAGAUCAUACGGAAGUCGUCGAUAUCGAAUAUAAUCCAGACGUAAUAUCAUAUACACAAUUACUCGCUUUAUUUUGGCAGAAUCAUGAAUAUGGUCUCACUACAAAGAUCAAGAGACAGUAUAUGUCACUGGUCUUGUAUCAUGAUGAAGAACAAAAGUUGCUAGCUGAAAAGUCACGUGAACAAGAACAGCGGAAGCGUACAAACCUAAUUCUCACCGAGAUAAGAAAAUUCGAAAAGUUCUACCCGGCUGAAGAUUAUCAUCAAAAGUAUCGACUUCGAAAUCAUCCAUGGUUAAUCGAAACUACUGGUCUCACCAGCGACGAGGUUCUUCGAAAUUCACCUUUAGCUGCUAAAUUGAAUGGUUACAUUGCUGGUGCUGGAACGAUCGAACAAUUUGAAAAAGACUUACCUAAUCUUGGUUUAAGUGAGAAAGCUGCGCAAUAUUUACAGAAAUAUGUAAUCGAAAAUCAAGGAAACGGUUUAUAUUGCUAGCUUAAGAAUGUUUAAUAAUUCUUCGUAUGUAGUACAGAUCAAAUAGGAUUUAUUUCCUCGUAAGAAGAAGUUUUUAAAUCUGACAAAAGACUUCCUUAUGCAAUGCAGGUUUUCUGUGAACCUGUCUUAAAAGAAUAUGUCUGGAAUCGUUCGCCGAACGAUUCUAAUAAUGCGAAUGAGGGUUUAGCUCGAUUUUAAAAAGUAGUUAUGUUCGGUAAAUAUCCUUCUUGUUAGUAUUAAAACCUCUCGUUUUCUAUCAUUUUUAUUGUAGUAUAUAAGUUUUACUAACAGGAUAUUAAUGCUAUACUUCAUGCAUAAAUGAGUAAUAACAGAUUUGUUUGCUCAGCAGUAUCGACAUGUCGUUUUUUAAAAAGAACUAAAAAUUAAUUUGCAGUAAGAUAGGCUGUGAAAGGUAUAUACAGAUAAUUCUGUUUGCAAUAAUUUGUUUUUUGAUCACUUCGUACAUUCUAUAAGUUUUAUAAGUUUAUCGCGUUAUUAUUCAUCCUAAAAAAAACAAA